GAGAGGGAGGGAGGAAAGGGGAGCUGCAGUCAGGAUGUAAAGUGAACAAAUAAUUAAUUUUUUCAAAAGUGUGUGCCACCAUUCCUGGCCCCCUCCUUGUUUUGGUCCCAUGUAGCCCAGGCUGGUCUCAAACUCACCAUACCAGAGGAUGACCUUGAAUCUACCUGUGCCUCUUGAGUACUGGGAAGGGUGUUGAAUUUUGUUAAUUACCUUUUCUACAUCUUUUGAGAUAAUCAUGUGAGACAUUUGUUGUCGCUAUUGUUCUAUUAAUGUGAAAUAUUGUGUUGAUUGAUUUUGUUUUGUUGAGUUUCUCUGUAUAUCCUUGCCUGUCUUGGACUUGAUUUGUAGACCAGGCUGGCCUUGAGCUCACAGAGAUCUGCCUGCUUCUGUCUCCCCAAAUGCUGGGAUUACAGGUGUGUGUCACCAAGCCCGGCUGAUUGAUUUUUCUAAGUUGUACCACCUACCAAAUCCUAGGAUAAAUCUCCCUUGGUUGUGGUAUGUGAUCAUCUUAAUGUAUUUCAUAGUUUGGAUGCAGUUUGUCUCCCAAGUGGUAGGUGUGGUGAUGUUAAGGUGAUAGGGCCUUUAAAAGGUGGGGCCCGAUGAUAAGUCCUUGGGCCCUGGGAGACCCUUGGAAAAGAGAACAAAGUUCUUGUGGGGCCUCAGUUCACAGUCAGUCUUUGAUACACAUUUUUAUUUCAAUGUGUUUUCUCACCAUUGUGGUAGAAUCUGCUGUGAUUGAUGAAACCACAAUGACCACUACCAGAGCUGGGUGCCAUGUUGGAAUUUCAGUCUCCAAAACUGUAAACCUCUUUUUUUUUUUUCCAUAAAUACUUACUCUCAUGUAUUUCAUUAGAGUAAGAGAAAACCAGUAUGAUGAUUUGAGAGUUUUUUUGUUUGUUUGUUUUUGUUUGCUUAUUUGGUUGGUUUUUGUUUUUAGAGACAGGGUUUCUCUGUGUAGGCCUGGUUGCCCUGGAACUCACCAGGUUGGCCUCAAACUCAGAGAUCCGCCUGUCUCUGCAGUAUUAAAGGAGUGUGUCACCACUGCCCAGCUAUUUUUUGUUUGUUUGUUUGUUUUUUAAUGUAAGUGUAACUGGAUAUGGUGGCACUUUCUAAGUACUAUAUCUAAUUUUUUAAUAUUUAUUUUAUUAUUUAUUUAUGUGUAUUUGUGUGUCUGGUCUACAAAGCCAGGAAAGCCAAGGCUAUACAGAGAAACCCUGUCUUGAAAAACAAAACAAAACAAACAAAAAAAUUGAGGUGAGUGGUGACAGGUGUCAAAUUCUGGAAAUAUUUCAAAGGCUGGACCAACAGGUUUGAGACAAUCUGAAUUUAGGCUUCAAAAGUGAAGGCAAUAAUAAGCUUUAACUGAAGAUUGGAAUUGAUAUAAGCUGAGGUGAAGAAGACCAUAGGAUGAUUUGUUUUAGGAGGACUAUCUGUAGGCCAGGUCAGUUUUGAGAUAAAACACAGUGAGGUGGGGACAGAUAUUUUAAUAUUUGGGAAAAGAGCUUGAGGUAAAGUCCAGGCUAGAGAAAUCAAAGUAGACAUUGACUGAAUGUACAUGGGUCCUAUCAAGGCUAAGUGAGGUCACCUGAGGAGUGAGUGUUGUUGGCAUGAAAAGGAGUCUAGGAGGCUGAGCCCUGUAGCUCCUUAAUGUUUACAGGCUGAGGAGAGGAGGAAGAAUCAGCCCCAAAAGACUGAGAAGGAAUGACAGCAGAAAAGAAAGUGUUCUGAAAGCCCACAGGAAGAAAGUUAAUAAAGGAUGAAAAGAAUAUGUCUGUUUUUAUUUGUUUGUUUGUUUGUUUCACUUUGUGGCACUGGCUGUCCUAGAAUUCACUGUGUAGACCAGGCUGGCCUUGAACCUACUAACAAUCCACCUGCCUCUGCCUGCUGACGGCUGGGAUCAAAGGCAUGCGCCACUAUGCCCUGCUGAAAGAAUGCUUCUUAACAUUUUUGUGUUAUACAUAACAUUUUCUCAAUUUGUUUCCUGACUAGUGGUGAGCCUCUUCUUCAGCUUGGAAAAAAAAAAAUGUCAGUGCUCCAGAAGUUAAAGCUUCUUCUCUGGAAGAAUUUCCUCUUAAAGAAGCGGAAGACCCUGAUAACAUUCCUGGAAAUGGUGAUGCCGUUACUAUUUUCUACAAUUGUAUUGUAUUUCCGUUUCAAUAGUACGCCAAGAAACAGAUUAGCUACUUACUACCGAUCAAUUGAUAUCAGUCUACUGCCAGUAUAUUUCAAUAACUACCCUCUGAAAAGUAAAUUUCAGUUGGUUUAUAUUCCUUCCAAAAGCGAAACUUUGAAAGCUGUUACUGAAAUGGUGGAAAAAUCCUUUGCUGUUGACUUUACAGUUCUAGGCUUUCCUUCAGUGCCUUUCUUUGAAAACUAUAUAAUUAAUGAUCCCAACUCUUUCUACGUACUGGUGGGAAUUGUUUUCCACCAUAGCUUCAAUACCAGCAAUGAACCUUUGCCACUUGUGGUUAAAUAUGAGUUGCGCUUUAGUUAUAUACAGAGGAACUUUGUCUCACCGCUGAAGCAUUUAUUUUUUCAAGAGGACAUAGAAGGCUGGUGCACAGCCUUACUUUACCCUCCUAAUCCAAGACAAGAACCUCGGGAAUUUCCAUACGCUGAUGGGGGAAACCCUGGAUACAACAAAGAAGGCUUCCUGGCAAUCCAGCACGCAGUAGACAAAGCCAUCAUGCAGCACCAUGCCCCCAGUGCUGCACCCAACAUGUUCAAGAAUCUCAAAGUCCUGCUGCAAAGAUUCCCAUUUAGGUCCCAUAUCCAGGACCCAUUCUUAGUGAUUCUUCAGAACGAGUUCCCUCUGCUCCUCAUGCUCAGCUUCAUCUGUGUUGAGCUCAUAAUCAUCAAUUCCAUCUUACUGGAGAAGGAGAGGAAACAGAAGGAAUAUAUGUGUAUGAUGGGAUUGGAGAGCUGGAUGCACUGGGUUGCUUGGUUCAUCACAUUCUUCAUUUCUGUCCUAAUUGCUGUUUCUGUUAUGACCAUCCUUUUUUGCACGAAGAUGAACCAUGUGGCUGUGUUCAGGAACAGCAACCCAAUCUUGAUAUUUAUUUUUCUAAUGUGUUUUGCCAUUGCCACAAUUUUUUUCGCAUUCAUGAUGAGCACCUUUUUCCAUAGAGCGCAUAUAGGGACUGUGGUGGGUGGCAUCAUCUUCUUCUUCACCUACCUCCCGUACAUGUACAUCGCUUUCAGUUACCACCAGAGGACCUCUCUUCAAAAGAUAGCCUUUUGCCUCUUCUCAAAUGUUGCCAUGGCAAUAGGAGUCCGAUUCAUCUCUCUGUUUGAAGCAGAAGGUACUGGCAUCCAAUGGAGGAACAUCGGCCGUGUCCAGGGAGACUUUAGCUUCCUCCAGGUGCUGCUGAUGCUUCUGGUGGACUCCUUCUUGUACUGUCUGAUAGCCUUUUUGGUGGAGUCUUUCUUCUCAGGAAAGCUUAGAACGACUAAGUCUUGGUACAACUUUGCCAAGUGCCCCUCCUGGCUCAAGAAGCCUGUUCCAGUAACACUGCCACUUCUGGACAUCGGGGGUCCUGAGAAAAUUUCCAGAAGCGAGUUCAUGGAGGAUGAGCCAACUGAUGAGCUGAAAGCCGUUGAAAUCCGACAUCUGUGUAAGGUGUUUUACAGGGGAAGGAGUAAACACAUAGCAGUCAAAGAUCUGAGCAUGAACCUGUACAAGGGGCAGAUCACGGUUCUUCUGGGACACAACGGAUCAGGAAAAACCACUGUCUGCUCCAUCCUUACAGGUCUUAUUGAUCCUUCAAAAGGACAGGCAUAUAUCAAUGGAUAUGAAAUUUCAAAAGACAUGGUUCAAAUUAGGAAGAGCCUGGGCUGGUGCCCACAGCAUGAUAUUUUAUUUGAUAACUUAACAGUAACUGACCAUCUUUCUUUCUAUGGUCAGUUGAAAGGCCUGUCUCGCCGGGACUGUCGUGAGAAAAUAGAGCAGAUGUUGUACACCCUCAGCCUGGAGGACAAGCGGAACUCGAAGUCCCAGUUCCUGAGUUUGGGGAUGAAGCGCAAGCUCUCUCUUGGCAUCGCCCUCAUAGCUGGUUCUAAGGUAUUGAUUCUGGAUGAACCCACCUCAGGCAUGGAUGCAACCUCCAGGAGGGCCUUCUGGGACCUUCUUGAGGAGCAGAAGGGUGACCACACCAUCCUACUGACCACCCAUUUCAUGGACGAAGCUGACUUUCUGGGAGACCGCAUUGCCAUCUUGGCCAAAGGGGAGCUACAGUGUUGUGGAUCUUCAGGGUUCCUCAAGCAGAGAUAUGGUGCAGGAUAUUACAUGACUUUAAUAAAAGCACCUCCCUGUGACACAAGGAAGCUUUCUAGUCUUGUUUAUCAUCACAUACCAAAUGCACUUUUGGAGUCCAGCAUUGGAGAAGAAGUGAUAUUCAUACUUCCUAAGAGGAGCACGCCCAGGUUCAAAGCUCUAUUUACUGACUUAGAACAGAGACGGAUAGAGCUGGGAAUCUCCACUUGGGGGGCUUCUGUCACCACUAUGGAGGAAGUGUUCAUACGAGUUUCUAAGCUGGCUGAUCCCGGCACAAACAUCUUAACUGAGAAGCGACCCUCUUUUCAUCCUCGUCCCCGGAUUCACAGAGUUCCUGUUGACAGAAUUAAGUAUCUUCACUCAAGGAUCUUCUCAGUGCACCCUAGGCAGAAGAUCAAACAAAACACUGGAUUCUGUCUUCUCUGCCAACAAUUCUACGCCAUGCUCCUGAAAAAGGCCAUGUUCUCUUGGCGCAACUGGAUACUGGUGUUACUUGUACAGAUCGUGUUGCCUCUGGUGAUCAUCAUGUUAAGCCUCGCUUUUUUCAACUACAAAUCAAAGAGAGUGGAAAACAUACCGUUGGAGCUAACUUUAAAAACAUACGGGCAGACUAUUGUUCCAUAUUUUGUUUCUGCGAAUUCCCACUUAGAUCCUUUACUCACAGAUAAAUUUGCAGAGAUGCUUUUGGCUGCAGGACAGAUUCCUUUGAAUAUUCAAGAGCCUAUUGAGGGCUUCCUACUACAAAAGGCAAAGGAGGCUCCUGAAGACUUUGACAAGCGCUAUGUGAUGGCAGCUUCAUUUGAAGGGGGGAAGAACCACACUACAGUGAAGGCACUGUUCAACAACCAGGCAUACCAUUCCCCCGGCCUGGCUUUGACCCUGGUGGACAAUAUUCUCUUCAAGUUGCUUUCUGGUGCAAAUGCUUCCAUCACCACAACCAACCAUCCUCAGCCUCUGACAGCCAAAGAGCAAUCAGAGAGUAUCUUGUACCAGGGCCCCAAAGGCCACUACCUUGUCAUCAACCUUCUCUUUGGGAUAGCUUUCCUGACAAGCUCUUUCUCCAUCCUGGCAGUCAUCGAGAGGAGCAUUAAGUCUAAGACCAUCCAGUUUUUAAGCGGAGUCAGUGUGGUUGCUUUCUGGCUCUCUGCUCUGCUAUGGGAUCUCAUCUCUUUCCUCAUUCCCUCUCUGCUGCUAGUGUUGGUGUUCCUGUGGUAUAAGGAGGAAGCUUUUGCACACCCUGAGAGCGUCCCGGCGGUGAUCUCCAUAAUGAUGCUCUAUGGCUGGGCUGUCAUCCCUCUCAUCUACAUAGUCAGCUUCUCUUUUAAGACUCCUGGUAGCGCAUGUGUUAAGCUUGUGGUAAUGCUCACCUUCUUGAGCAUCAGCCCCUUUGUGCUUGUCACGGUCACAAGUGAUAAAGAGCUUGGCUAUGCAAAAAUCUCAGACCUCUUGGAUUGUAUAUUCCUAAUACUUCCUGGACAUUGCCUGGGAAUGGCUUUUUCCAACCUGUACUACAACUUUGAACUUAAAAAGUUUUGCGCUGCUAAGAGCUUGGAUGAUAUUGACUGCAAUGAUGUUUCAGAAGGAUAUGCAGUGCAAAAGAACACCUAUGCCUGGGAAUCUCUUGGCAUAGGGAAGUACCUGACAACCCUGGCCAUCUUGGGACCUGUGUACAUCACCCUGCUUUUCCUCAUUGAAGCCAAUGCAUUUGGCAUCCUGAAAUCCAGGCUUUCUGGCUUCCCUGGAAGGAAAAAAACAGAAAUAAUCCUCGAUACAACAGAGCAUGAAGAUGACGACGUAUUAGAUGAGGAAGAAACCAUCAGGUUUUAUUUGGAUUCAUUGCUAAAGAAAACGUCACUUAUUGUCAAAGGUGUGUCAAAGGUAUAUAAUGAGAAGGUGCCCCAGCUGGCUGUGAACAAUGUGUCCUUCAUGGUCAAAGAGAAAGAAUGCUUUGGCAUUCUCGGCCUCAACGGAGCCGGGAAGACUUCCAUUUUCAGCAUGCUGGUAGGGGAGCAGCCGAUCACUGCAGGGGAUGUCUUUAUCAAGGGUUUCAACAACAAGUCUAACCUGGCCAAGGUGCGGCAGUGGAUUGGCUUCUGUCCUGAGUUUGAUGCCCUGCUGAACUUCAUGACAGGAAGAGAGAUGCUUGUCAUGUAUGCCCGUAUUCGGGGCAUCCCUGAGCGACACAUUAAAGCCUGUGUAGACCAGGUCCUUGAGGACUUACUCAUGCGCUUGUACGCAGACAAGCUAGUGAAGACGUAUAGCGGUGGUAACAAGCGCAUGCUGAGCACCGGCAUUGCCCUCAUUGGAGAGCCUGCAGUCAUCUUCCUAGAUGAACCAUCCACUGGCAUGGACCCCGUGGCCCGGCGCCUACUCUGGGACACUGUAGCCCGGGCCCGUGAGUCUGGCAAGGCCAUUGUCAUCACCUCCCACAGUAUGGAGGAGUGUGAAGCCUUAUGUACCCGGCUGGCCAUCAUGGUACAGGGCCAGUUCAAGUGCCUGGGCAGCCCGCAACACCUCAAGAGCAAUUUUGGCAGCGGCUACUCCCUGCAAGCCAAGGUCCAGAAGGAAUGGCAACAGGAGGUACUAAAGAAAUUUAAGGCAUUUGUGGACCUGACCUUCCCAGGCAGCACUCUGGAAGAUGAGCACCAAGGCCUGGUUCAAUACUAUCUGCCUGGCCAAAACCUCAGCUGGUCACAGGUGUUUGGCAUUAUGGAACAAGCCAAGAAGGAUUACAUGUUGGAAGACUACACCAUCAACCAGGUCUCUCUGGAGGACAUCUUCCUGAGCUUCACCCGCAGCUCGUUCUCCUUUAGAGCAACAUUCCACCAAGGGCAAGCUGUCCUAACCAGCUUAUCACCUUCUCAUGCCAAGCCUAUCACGGUUCAGCCUCCCAUGCCUCCUCCCUCUCCACCUUCCUCAGAGCCUUUUCUUCUGUAAUAAAGAUCCUAAUCAUGUUCA